AUGGGGAAUCAGUGGUCGCAGGUUUUCCCGCCAAAGCCAACCUUCACGGAAGUCAAUGUGGCCUCUCUAGACGGCAAGGUGGUCAUCGUCACGGGCGGCUCCUCUGGCAUUGGCUUUGAGCUUGCCAAGAUUCUAUAUCAAAAGAAUGCAAAGGUUUACAUUGCCGCGCGCGAUGAGGAAAAGACCCGCAAAGCAAUCGAGGAAAUCCAGGCUGCUGGUCCCUCCAAAGGCAGCCUUGAAUUCCUUUCCCUGAAGCUGGAUGACUUGAGCAGCAUAAAGGCCUCGGCAGACGAAUUCAAGGCAAAAGAAUCCAAGCUGCAUGUGCUCUGGAACAACGCCGGUGUCUCUCAGCCACCCCAUGGCAGCGUGUCGGCUCAGGGCAUCGAGCUGCAGUUUGCUACGAAUUGCCUGGGCCCAUUCGCCUUUACGCAGCUGCUUCUACCGGUGCUUGAAUCAACAGCCGCAGAUGAGGCCACACCUAAGGGCUCAGUUCGUGUAGUGUGGGCUAGCAGCCAAGUCAUGGAGCUUUCAGCACCUACCGAUGGCAUCAUCAUUGACGAGCUUCGCACACCUCCCAAAGAUCGAAACCGCAGCUAUACCAAUUCUAAGACUGGAAACUACUUCCUCGCUACAGAACUUGCGCGGAGGGCGGCAUCUUCAUCUAUUGUGAGCGUGUCCCAUAAUCCAGGCGCUCUUAACACGAAUCUUUUGCGACAUGCGCUUUACCUCAAGUAUAUGGCCUACCCGCUACUCCAUAAGCCCCGAUUCGGAGCUCUGACCGAGUUAUACGCUGGGCUCUCCCCGGAUAUCAGUCUGGAGAACAAUGGAUGCUACGUCAUCCCAUGGGGCAGGAUUUCGAACGGUGUUAGGCCAGACUUGAUUAACGCAUCAAAACCCACUGAGGAAGGAGGCACAGGGAGGGCACGGGAAUUUUGGGAGCUGUGUGCUGAGAAAACAAAGGAUUAUAUGUGA